AUGGCGGGUCUGAAGAGCCCCAGAGUCAAGGACGACAAGACAAAGAAGCGGAAACGCGAGGCAAACGAUUCCGAAAAUAAGGCGAAGAGGCAUCGACAACAAGCCCGCCAACGGCAAGGGAAGGCAAAUGGCGACGAGAGUGUUUCGGAAGCGGACAAGCUCAUUGAAGCCGACUCGCUCAAGGAAGUCGCCUUGACAAGCCCAGGAGAUCUGACCGGGCGCUCCCAAAAUGUCGAGACAGGCUGGAGAAUAUCCAAACCCAUGGGAGGGCGAAUGCUGGAUAUCGACCCGAUUCUUACGGCUGAUGACCGCUAUCUUAUUCUGACCUACAACACUUCCAUUCAAGUCUACACUACCACCGAUUCGUUGCUUGUCAGACGGAUACCGAUUACAACUCUCGAUGCCUCUGCACCGCAGGGGUCAACACCCGCGACGAUUAUCGCAACUCGGCUCUCUGCGCAGAACCCAAAUUUUGCCUGGGUUGCCUGCUCGGACGGCCAAGUUUACUAUGUCGACUGGACCCAGAGCAAGGAGACGCCAACGAGCUUCAAGACUGUGUCCGGCACUGCCAAGGCAAUGGCUGUGAUACCCUCAAAGCGCCAGGGCAAAGGAGACGACAUCGUCCUGGUGGUCGAAUCCGAUAAGGAGCAUCGCAUGGAAGUCAUGGCAUAUCAUGAUAAGACUGGGUCUGCCACGGCGUCUAAGAGCUUGUUGGCUCUCAAGAAGUACGGCGCCGGGCUGCAGCUGCUGGAAGCCAGCGAAGACGGCCAAGUUCUGGUUGGGGCAUUUCACGAUCGCCUGUUCCUUGGCGUGGCUUCUCAGUCUGGCACUGGCAAACUUGAAGAGCUUCAGUACGAGUUUUACUCGUUUGACGUCCCGGAUCUCAUCACCUCUCUGAGUCUGAGGGUCCACAGGAAGUCGGGCGGUCGAAAGGUGCAAGUUGGGUUUGAUAAGGCAGUGGACGUCAUUGCUGGUGGCGCGCGCGGAGCCAUAUUCGUUUAUAGCGAUGUGCUCUCGCGCCUUCAGGCUGUAGGGAAGUCGCAGGUGGCCAGAGAUGGUGUGCAAGUGCAGCGACUGCAUUGGCAUCGGCGAGCCGUCCACGCCGUGAAGUGGUCUCGCGACGGACAUUACAUUCUCUCCGGCGGCUCAGAAAAUGCUCUUGUCAUGUGGCAAGUUGACACGGGCAAGAAAGACUUCCUCCCGCAUUUGUCUGGCAGCGUCGAAAACAUUGUGAUCUCCUCGUCAGGGUCAUCAUAUGUGAUUCAUCUGGACGACAACUCUUGUAUGAUCCUGUCGACUGCCGAGAUGACGCCAAUCACAUACGUGUCCGGCAUCCAAUCCGCAGCCAUCGAUGUGGCGACGCCCAAGGACCUGUUGGUAAAGCGCACCUGGAGCACUGCGGACCAAGUCAGGCGGCCGAUCCCGGCUGCCAUCAAACCCUCAGACCCGUCCAAACUUCACGUUUGCGUCGGCAAUGGCCGCCAAGCAUCCAUGGCUGGCGACUUCUCGGCGCCCUUGCUGCAGACGUUUGAUCUGGACUCGUUUACGAGCGUGACGAAACAGGCGCUGGCCCGCACGCAGACAACAACUCACAAUAUGACCAGCAAGGGUCACACCAUUGAUGAGCCCUUGGUCAGCCAUAUCGCCUUCUCCGGGGAUGGAAAGUGGCUGGCCAGCGUUGAUGAGUGGAAGCCGUCCACGAAGGAUCUGGAAAGCGUUAGCAGCGACAUGAGAGACCAAUUUCUUCGCGAGAGAAGCGAGAUUUACCUUAAGUUCUGGGAAGUACGCGACGCCGACGCGUCGGUCGCUUUGGUUUCAAGGAUUAACACUCCCCACGCCACGAACCAUCCUGAGUCAGUCCUCGAUCUCACUUCAAACCCCACCUCGACAUCAUUUGCGACUAUCGGAGCAGAUGGCAUCGUGCGGGUAUGGCGACCCAAGGCCCGCCAACAAAACGGACUUGCCGUCAAGGGGAUGGAGGGCCAUGACACAGUCACCUGGAGCUGCUCGCAAAUCAUCGCCGUCGGUGACUAUGUCGGCAAGGAGGCUGGUACGGAUUUGUCGGCAAGCACAGCCCCAGCCAGGACGCAGGGAAGCAUCACGUAUUCAGAAGAUGGCUCGACCCUCUUUGCCGCCUUUGGAGCGACUGAUAUCGGAGUGGUCUACGUUAUCGAUGCAGUCAGCGGACAGAUCGUCAAGAUGCUCGAGGGGUUGUGGAGCGGCCAGUUGCAGUCGAUUCGCGCGCUCUCCUCAUUCGUCCUGGUUUUGUCCAAAGACCUGCGCGUCUACGACGUGGUCGGAGACGAGCUGCAAUAUGGCAUCGUCAUUCCCGAGAUACCAGGAGUGAACGAGCUCCUUCAACUUGCAGUGGACCACACAUCGGGUCACUUUGCCGUCACAUUGCCAAUUGGAGGGAUUUCCAGCGUGGGAAUCUUCGACCCAGAGGAUCCAGAGCCGCUACUGGUGCGGAGCACUCCGAAUAGGAUAGUCAGCCUCGUCUCGGCACCCACAACGAGCGGCUUCAUUGCGCUGGACGACGCAGCUCAGGUUUGGGUGAUUGCCGAGGGGUCCGAUCCGUCGGCGCUCACAACCGUUCAGCCGCUGCAGGAUCUGCAGCUCGACGGGACAACGGCUGAUGACAGCAGCAAGGACAUCAUCCUCAACCUGAACGACGACGAGGUCGCCAGUGACGAAGAGAUGGACGACCAAGUGCCGGGAGAGGAGGAGGACGUGGACAUGGAUGACGAUGAAUUCCACCCCAGCGUCAUCCCACAGCAAUAUCUGGCGGAUAUAUUCGAUGCUGCGCCUGCGUUUGCCGCACCGUCGGUGGAGGACAUGUUCUACAAGGUCACCGAGCUGCUCGCGACCAAGCCCCUGUCUUCUGGCACGACGUGA